AGCUAUUGGAUGCAAAUAGUCUGGAGGCGAAAUGAAGAACGUGCUUUGGUCGACAGCGAGCUUCGGCUUCUUCUUCUUAAUCACAAAUGUAGGCUACGCAAAGUCUGAUGAUGCAAGCAAUGACGCCGAUAAGCUGUUUACAGGACAAAUUGAAAAAUAUGGUUUAGUUGAACAAACAAGUGAUCUUUUCCUGGGAAUACCGUGCGAUUGUAUCAUCAUUGAAAUGCCUGCACAAAACGCUCCGUAUACAAUAAUUUUUGACUGUGCCAACGAGACAAAAGAGACAGAUUCAUCACCAAGUGCACGGAACCUCGAAUGGGAGGCAUUAAUUUACACAGCAACCACGUCAGCCACCGAAGGCUCAUCAGUGAAUGACGUCAUUACAUUUGAACCUGACGAGACUAAUAUUAUUGGAACGUCUGGAUCGAUGGCAUACAAACUACUACACGCUGAUUACAGUAGCUGUUUUGUACUCUCAACAACCUCGUCCUCGUCUUCAUCCCAACAUAAGUGCUACCACUGGAAAAAAAUUGAAGGCAAAGAUUCUUGUCCAAUUACAACCAAACAAACCUCUUCCUGCGAUGCUACGUUUGAACGUUGUAAACUCAAUGCCCCAAUAAGCUGUAAAUAAUAGAAAAGCAGCACACAAACUUCAGCCAUCGUCAACACCUACUUACUGGAUCAGAAGACUUCAUCUAAGGCGUUGGCGCAGGAAUUGUGCCCUGCUUUAUUAAUAAAACAACUCAAUGCACCAAAUAA